AUGCCUGUCCAGAGACUCAAUCAGUCAGACUGUAACCUCUACAACAUGGGCAAGACCAAAGUGCAAUCUAAGGAUGUCAGGGACAAGAUCAUGGAUCUGCACAAGGCUGGAAUGGGCUACAAAACCAUAAGUUCUAUGACAGUGAUGGAGCUAAUGACUGCUACUCCUUUCUCCUUUAUCAAUACAUCUGUUCAAACUUGGACUGAUAUUCCUCAUUAUGAAGUGUAUGACUACAGCAAUUUGAAAUGGUCACUCAACAUCAUGUCUAUGGUUUUUUACUCCCUGGCCUUUGUCCUCGGUGUGCUCGGGAAUGGAGUGGUUAUCUGGGUGACCGGCUUCAAGAUGAAGAAAACGGUGAACACAGUUUGGUUCCUCAACCUUGCUGUGGCCGACUUCCUCUUCACAGCAUUCCUGCCUCUCAGUGUCACAUACACAGCUAUGGAUUUCCACUGGCCGUUUGGGAAGUUCAUGUGCAAGCUGAACACCACUAUUAGCUUUCUGAACAUGUUUGCCAGUGUCUACAUCCUUGUGGUGAUCAGUGUGGACAGAUGUGUGUCUGUGGUGUGGCCYGUCUGGGCCCRGAAUCACAGAAAUGUACAGAARGCUUCCAGUGUGAGUCUGUGUGUUUGGGCUCUGGCUUUAAUCCUCAGCGCUCCGUACUUUGUCUUCAGGGACACCGGUCCAUCAUACCACAAUGAAGACAUCAUCAACUGCUUCAACAACUUUGCUUUCUCUGACGACUAUGAAACUCCAUCUGUGAUUCGGUUACGACUGUUUCGCCAUCAGGCCAUGACCAUCACUCGGUGUGUCCUUGGGUUUGUCAUCCCCUUCACUGUCAUUGUCUCCUGUUAUGSCGUCAUAAUCCAUCGACUUAGCAGAAACCGCACCCUGGCCAGCCAGUCAAGUCGUCCUUUUAAAAUCAUUGCUGCCAUCAUCCUCACCUUUUUCCUCUGCUGGGCUCCCUUUCACAUCAUGGGUCUAAUUGAGUUGGUGCAUCACAUGACAAAUUAUGCAAAUGAAACAUUUGGCCACAUCGUUAUGAUUGGCGUCCCAAUCACAACCAGUCUGGCCUUCCUGAACAGCUGCAUGAAYCCAYUGCUGUAUGUGUUCAUGGGACAAGAUUUUAAGGAUAAUGUCYGCAAAUCCAUCCUGAAGRUUUUAGAGACGGCCUUCCAGGAGGAGGUGUCUCGCUCCUACAYCUACACAAAYGCCAUGAUCACCAUCCGAAGCAAAGACAAGUCUUUCUCUGAYRCCGAGGAAGAGCAGCCCAACUACCUCUCCCUCCGGGCAAACCGCCAAGCCCAUGGAACCCCAGACCAUGGACUGAUGGAGCCCCGAAGCUACCAGAAACCGGGACCAACAUCCCACCCUCCCAGAGCCACCCAGACCCCCAAAACUCAAYCCCAGCUCCAUAGCCGGCCCGCCACCCAGAGAGGCCACCGUUCCCCAGCAAGGACGGCCCGGCCAAGAGUGCCCACCUAA